AGGCAAAGAUUAUGUGCGACUCCGAUCCUGAAGACUAUCUGCUUGCAAAAUAUGUAACCUAUCUAGAGUUGUGGAGUGACGAAACUUCUUGUCACUCAUCGUCUUUCCUCGUAAACUGAAAUAGGGAAAGUAGUUUCACAUUGGCUUUGGGAAUCUGGUUCUCCUUCUGAUUUGCUUGUUAUCAUGACCGAAUCCGCACAGUAAUAUCAUAUGUUUUCCUCUAUGUAUGCACUUAGUUAUUGGAUUGGUGCAUCUACAGGGUUGUGAACAAGAGGUUCGCGAAGCUCAGGAGGGUUCCAACGAGGAAUUGAAGAAUGAGUGCAUCAUGCGUCUAUCUUGGGCUCUAGUUCACUCGAAACAGCCGGAAGAUGUUCAACGUGGCAUAGCUAUGCUUGAAUCUUCUCUGGGUACUAACACCAGUCCUUUGAAACUGAGGGAGAAGCUAUAUCUUCUGGCUGUUGGAUACUACAGAUGCAGCGAAUAUGCUAGGAGCAGGGAGGUGGUAGAAGAAUGUUUGAAGAUUGAACCUGAUUUUAGGCAGGCACAGACUCUGAAGAGAGCCAUUGAAGAUCGUAUCACAAAGGAUGGUGUGAUUGGUAUAGGAAUUGCUGCAACUGCCGUUGGAUUAGUUGCUGGAGGGAUUGCUGCUGCUUUGGCACGGAGGGGUUGACCUGACCAGGCUGACUGCAUAGGAGGAACGCCAAACUCACUACAUAUUUAUGUUUCCUCAUCUCAUUUUUUUUUUUUUUUUGUUGUUUCCCCUGGGAAUAUUAAGCUUAAACAGUUGGUUUAGCUUUCAUCGGAAUUACAUUCUAGCUUGCUUUGUGAGUGGUUUAUUCGGUUGAUUAGUAUGAUGAAUAACUGAGGAUCUUCUUUUUUUUUUCACUCUUUCGAAUUCACUACGAGAAUAUGGCUUGUCUAUCUG